AUGAAAGCUCUCCGCAGCGGCUACACUCUCCUGACUGGCUGCCUGGAGGAAGCCCAGCCCCUGCAGUGUGUCGAGACUGCUGAGCAGGAGGAGCCAGGCCGGGCAGGUGCGGGGGUGACAGCAUCACCCCCAGAGGAGCCCUACCAGCCGGUGCUGAAUGGAGAGAGCAACGUCCUGCGUGCAGGGCAGGUCCAGCAGCUGGCUCCCCACCUCCCGCCGAGAGUGACCGGGUACCCUUGGAACCUGCUCUACUGCACCGCCAGGGAUGGCUUUAGCCUGAAGAGCAUGUACAGGAGUAUGAACAAGCUGAGCUCUCCUGUGCUGCUGGUCAUCCGAGAUACCGACGGGCAGACGUUUGGAGCCUUCUCCUCCACCACCAUCCGACUCAGCAGCUGCUUUUAUGGCACAGGGGAGACUUUUCUCUUCUCCUUCUCCCCGGAGCUAAAGGUGUUUAAGUGGACAGGCAGCAACACCUUCUUCAUGAAAGGAGAUGCAGAUUUGCUAGUGAUUGGCGGGGGCAGUGGCAAAUUCGGCCUGUGGCUGGACGGGGACCUGUACCAUGGGGGAAGUCACCGAUGUGAGACAUUUGACAAUGAAAUCCUGUCGCCCCAGGAGCAAUUCUUCAUUCGGGACCUGGAGGUUUGGGCCUUGACCUGA